AACGAGGCCAAGUUAAAAAUAUUAUGAACUUUAUGAUAAAUUGACUAAAGCAUGCAAUUACUACACUGUUGUAAAGUAUUUCAAUUGCUCAUACAAUGUCAUUACAAAAAUGAAUGUUUUUACUUUGAGAAGGGAGCAUAAAAUCAGACUGUUAUUCUUGACAGGCAUAACUUUUUUAGCUUAUCUAUUUUUCUCUCAAAUUGGAUUUUUUAGAUCUUUCAAACUUCAGAAAGUUUUCUUCAUUUCCAUUUUUAGAAAGGAUGUUGCACAUUUCGACAGGCAGCCACUAUAUGAGCCUGAAAAUGAGUUUGACCUUCAAGAAGAUGUUAACAUUAAAGAGCUAACGAAACCAGUCACUCCACAGGGGCUUGUUGCAAGGAAGAGAAGUUUCUACCUGAAUAACCAACGAAUGUACAUCUAUAGUGGGGCCUUACAUUACUUCCGUGUGGUACCCGAAUACUGGAGGGAUAGACUCCUCAAGUUGAAGGCAUGCGGUCUCAACACUGUGGAAACAUAUGUCCCAUGGAAUCUCCAUGAAGAAACAAAGGGAACAUUUAAUUUUGAAGGCUUGCUUGAUCUCAGAAUGUUCAUUAAGAUGGCCCAAGAUGUAGGGUUAUAUGUGAUAUUUAGACCAGGUCCAUAUAUCUGCUCAGAGUGGGACCUUGGAGGACUGCCAAGUUGGUUGCUACAUGAUCCAAAGAUGAAGCUUAGGAGCACAUAUCAACCAUUCCUUGAUGCAGUUGAUGCCUAUUUUAGACAUCUCAUACCUCUUGUAGCAGACUUACAGUAUACAAAAGGAGGACCAAUUAUAGCAUUCCAGAUUGAAAAUGAAUAUGGAUCCUAUGGAAGGGACCAAAAGUAUAUGAAAGCUAUUAAAGAACUGCUGGAACAACAUGGUGUUGUGGAACUGAUGUUUACUUCAGAUAAUGACCAAGGGAUUGACAAGGGAUCAAUGCCAGGUGUCCUUGCUACUGCUAACCUGAAGUCGAUGGAUUGGUUUAUACGAAUGAAGGCAAAACUGAAGAGUCGCCAGCCAGACAAGCCAUUCAUGGUUAUGGAGUUUUGGACAGGGUGGUUCGAUCACUGGGGAGAGAAGCAUCAUACAUGGAAUUCUACAGAGUAUGAGAAGGUCCUAAGGGAGAUUGUUGCCUCUGGUGGCUCAGUGAAUCUUUACAUGUUCCACGGUGGAACCAACUUUGGUUUCAUGAAUGGGGCUAACUAUCCUUAUGCGCCUACGGUCACUAGCUAUGAUUAUGAUGCAAUAUUAACAGAGUCCGGAGGUCUGACAUCAAAAUUCCAGAAAACCAGGGAUGUCCUUAGGAAAUAUGCACCCAAGGGUCAAGUCCCUAAGAAUCUUCCCACCCCUCUGGACCCACCUUCAACAUUUGCAUAUGGCAUGCUCACUGUGGUUGCUCAUUUGAACUUGGAGGCAAUUCUGUCUGAGGCAAAGGUGAUCAAGUCGUAUGAUGUGAUGGCAAUGGAGCUACUGAAUGCAAAUGAAGGUAGUGGCCAGGGCUAUGGGUUCAUACUCUACAGGAACAAGAUCAACAGUGGACGGAAACUGAGGCUGGCUGGCAAGGUGACAGAUAGAGCACAAAUUUUGAUAGAUGGCCGCCAGAUCGCAACAUAUGAUUGGACUGAUAAAGAUCGCUCCAUUGAUCUUGCAGGAGUAAAGAGUUCCACAAACUUAGAUAUUCUAGUAGAGAACCUAGGAAGGGUUAACUAUGGGAAAGCUCUUGAUUUUCAAAGGAAAGGAUUGACAAGAGAUGUUUAUCUAGACAACAACAAACUAGUCAACUGGGAAAUCUACCCAUUAGAGUUUAAAAGCAUCUUCAUUUCAAGUAUUUUAUCCAGCAAAGCCUGGCAGUCUAGUCUACCUCUGGGGAACCCUCCUGGAUUCUACAAGGUUCUUCUACAAAUAUCAGGGAUUCCCAGAGACACAUUCAUCAGCAUGCAGGACUGGAAGAAGGGUGUUGUGUUUGUGAACCACUUCAACAUAGGGCGCUAUUGGGAUAUUGGCCCCCAGAAAACACUGUACAUUCCUGGGCCCCUGUUGAGGACAGGGGAAAAUGAAAUUUUGAUCUUUGAGCUUCACAAACCCAACGUGCAUGUGAUUCUACAAGACAAGCCAGUUCUAGGAUGACCCAACUAGUGCUUUAGAUCUUGAAAAAUACCAUUAUACUUACAUGUUCUACAAAAUUCAUAAUUGAUCAGUGUA